UCACGGAAGAGCGCUUCCCUUCGCCGGAGGUUCCCGUGGGGCUUCGCACGGCUGCUGUUCCACCACGUUCCGUAGAGGAGCCGGCUGCGGAGUCGGUGCUUCAGCCGGCGCGUAAGCGUGAGUUCUCCGUUCACCUCCCCUCUGGUUAUCCUGCUGAGGAAGCGCCCACUGCCAUGAGUGCUGUAAUGACGUUGCCAUCUGAGGAGGAGCCUGUGGUGACACGCCACCGUGCACGGUUUGACGGCGACGACUGGGAUCUCGUUCUGGAGCGAAAGCGAGCCGCGCUGUGCGAGGCGUUCGAUGCUGACGUCUGUGGCGCGGUGGGCGUGCCUCGCGGCUCUGUCGUCGAUGUGGAUUUUGCUCUGGGCAGCUUGACAGUUGAGUUUGGUCUCCGCCACGCGCCUUCGUUUACUGAGAGCGACGUUGCCAAGCGCCUUGCCGAGUGCGACUUCCUCCGGACGUGGAAGCUGUACGAGCCCCGCAAACAGCCGGGUUCAGUGCCCGCUGUCGUGCGUCUGGCUGCCCAGGAGGAGAUGUUGCCUGUGCUGCGCACCGCCGAAGUGUGUGGUGCAUCUCCGCUGAAGCUGCAGUCUUCGUACGCCGUGUUGCCUACGCUGCGUGUCACAGAAGAGUGCUUCCCUUCGCCGGAGGUUCCCGUGGGGCUUCGCACGGCUGCUUUUCCGUUAGAGUUGAUAGAGGGGGCGCCAACUGCUGGCUCAGAGAAGAAGGAUGAGGUAAAAUCUGUGCGGCGAGCUGAGCUCAGAGUGGAUCCCAAUGUCGGUGAAAAGUAUCGACGUUCGUUGCGAUUAGGGGAACCUCCACAGUUAUUUGCGUCUUAUCGUGUUGGCUUUGUUGGAGAUGAUUGGAAGUUUGUUGUGGAUAAAUACUUAGUUCGUUUGAAGGACUGUUUUUGGCGUGACGUGUUGGAUAUUGGUGGUGUUGUUCCAAGGUCAGUUGAAGGUGUUUCGUGUAGUCCGACGGGUGAUGUUGUUGUUACGGUGCUCUUGGAGCACGCCGCUUCUUUGUCGCAAGAGGACGUGCUGCGCUUGUUGGAUGAGGCUCCGUUUUUGACUAUGUGGCAACUGCACGAUGAUUGCGCUUUUCGUGAUCGUGGUGGUCGCACGAAAACCUUUCAUCGCGUUGGGUUUCUGGGAUCAGACUGGACCAGUAGGAUUCAAGGAGAUGCUGUGGCCGCAGCAUUUGUGAGGGACCUUGUCGAGGUGCUAGAUGUUAGGCCGGAGGACGUGCGGGUUGCGGCGUUGCACAUUAGUGAGAACCUCGUGGUAGACUUCUACGUGGAGCAUAGUGCAUCCAUCAGCGAGGCGCGCGUCGACGAGGUAUUGAGAGAUGCUCCGUUUGAUCAUGUCUGGGAGGUCUACAAAACUGAGCGAACGCCCGUCUUGCGUGCAUUGAAGCCGCUGCGGGUGCCGGUGCGGCCGGCCGCGCCCCGGAAGCACCACCUGAGAACACUUGGAGCGGAUGUUGGCCGGCCCUACCGUCCUUCGCACUUAAGCAAAAUGCCCAGUUAUCCUCGGCCCGGGCUGCGAUACCGGAAGCCAACGACUGAGCAAGAACGGCAAACCGGCACGCCUGAAGAGCUGUUUUACGUGCCGCAGGAGAAGCCUGUGCCGACGUGGGAUCAGGGUAUAGAGCUUCCGAGAGUUGCGCCAACAACUCGUAACAUUCGCUGGCCGCUGCGGACUGAUUUUAACACAGCAAGGCAGGAACGACGGGUGAAUCUGAGUGAGGUUAACGAGGUGCUUGGGAUGCAGCGAGGGCAGAGAUUACAGCCUCUGCCUCAGCCUCAAAGCGGAGAUAGCCCGAACACAGGCUUGUUGCCUCUCUACCACGAGAUGGGGGCUAUGCGGCGGGACGACACAAGGGACCCCCUGCGCCCCUACCGCAAGAAGCUCAGACGUUUACGAUUUGACUGA